GAUUGGGGUGAGAGGAGGCCGGGCAGAGGGGCCGGAAGGGGCGGCGGCGGAGGUCCAAAGGGGAGCGCAGCAGUGACGGACUGAGAGUCACUCCGGAGGCGACAGUGGGGGAGGAGACGAGGGGACUAGGGCCCAGGGCCGGGAUUUCGUGCGAGUCUGGAGCGCGCUGAUCAGAGCCGCCGGCCACGACAUGCGAAGGCGGAUGCAGGGGCUGGCCGUGGUGACUUCGAACCUGAGCCCCCUUCCGGUCUGCGGAGAUGGGCCACAGGCUCGGCCGAGUAAGGAGUCAGUGGCUUUUCACCUUCAGAGCUGCAGAAAGGGAGGGAUGGAGGAUGAACACGAGCCGCCGCUACAGCCUCGGACUCAGUUCCAGGGCAGGGUCCUGCUCCUGACCAUCUGUGCGGCUGGCAUUGGUGGGACUUUUCAAUUUGGCUACAACCUCUCCAUCAUCAAUGCCCCGACUUCGCACAUUCAAGAAUUCACCAAUGAGACGUGGCGGAUGCGAACUGGCCAACCGCUGCCCGACCAUCUGGUCCCGCUUGUGUGGUCCCUCAUCGUGUCUCUGUACCCCGUGGGGGGCCUUCUGGGAGCGCUGCUUGCUGGCCCCUUGGCCAUCACACUGGGGAGGAAGAAGUCCCUGCUGGUGAAUAACAUCUUCGUGGUGGCCGCAGCGACCCUGUUUGGCUUCAGCCGCAGAGCAGACUCCUUUGAGAUGAUCAUGCUGGGACGGCUGCUCGUGGGCGUCAGCGCAGGUGUGAGCAUGAACGUCCAGCCCAUGUACCUGGGGGAGAGCGCACCCAAGGAGCUCCGAGGGGCUGUGGCCAUGACCUCAGCCAUCUUCACCGCCCUGGGGAUCGUGAUGGGUCAGGUUGUUGGACUCAGGGAGCUCCUGGGUGGCCCGCAGGCCUGGCCCCUGCUGCUGGCCAGCUGCCUGGUGCCUGGGGUGCUCCAGCUGGCCUCCCUGCCCCUGCUCCCCGAGAGCCCACGCUACCUCCUCAUUGAUCGUGGAGACUCCGAGGCCUGUCUGGCAGCGCUGCAGCGGCUGCGGGGCCCCGCGGACCUGGCCGAGGAGCUGGCCGAGUUGGAGAGGGAGCGCGCCGCCUGCCAGGGCCGGCGCGCGCGGCGCCCGUGGGAGCUGUUCCGGGACCGCGCGCUGCGGAGGCAGGUGGCGAGCCUGGUGGUGCUGGGCGGGGCCCUGGAGCUGUGCGGGAACGACGCGGUGUACGCCUAUGCGUCGGCAGUGUUCAGCCAGGCGCGGAUUCCCAUGGAGAAGGUCCAGUACGCCGCCAUCGGGACCGGGGGCUGCGAGCUGCUGGCGGCGCUGCUCAGCUGUGUGGUGAUCGAGAGGGUGGGCCGACGGAUGCUGCUGAUGGUGGGGUACGGCCUGAUGACCUGCUGGGGGACCGUCUUCACAGCGGCCCUGUGCCUGCAGAGCUCCCUCCCCUGGAUGCCCUACCUGGCCAUGUCCUGCGUCUUUGCCUUCAUCCUCAGCUUUGGCAUUGGCCCUGCCGGAGUGACCGGGAUCCUGGCCACAGAGCUGUUUGACCAGAUGGCCCGGCCUGCUGCCUACAUGGUCUGCGGGACGCUCAUGUGGACCAUGCUCUUCCUAGUCGGGCUGGGGUUCCCCUUCAUCAUGGAGGGCUUGUCCCACUUCCUCUAUGUUCCUUUCCUCUGUGUCUGUGUCUGUGGGGCCGUCUACACUGGCUUCUUCCUCCCUGAGACCAGAGGCAAGAGCUUCGUGGACAUCUCAGAGGAAUUGCACAGACUCAACUUCCCUGGGGUGGAGCCAGGGCCCCGCGUGGACAGGCGGGAGGUCAUCCGGUCCACAGAACUCUAGCUCAGCAGGUUUGGCUGGGGCCCAGCCGGCCGCUGCUCUUCCCUCGGGCCCUCUCCAUUCACCAGCCCUGCAUCCCCUUGUUUAAUGGGUGUUUGUUGAGCACCUACUGUGUGCAGGCCUGGUGUUUAGCCAUCAGUGGUGAGCUGGACAGAUGGGGUCUGGGACCUCUCGGUGCUCCCUGUCUGGAGGCAGUUAACAGGAAACCAAUAAAAACACAAUUACAAACUUGGGUGGACUUCCCUGGCAGUCCAGUGGUUAAGACUUCGCCUUCCAAUUCAGGGGGUGCGUGUUUGAUC